AUUGCUUACCUCUGCAACAACAAUGGCGGCGGGUCAAAUUGGCCACGGUGUUCCUCCUUCACUGUCUGCCAAAGUGACGGGGUCGUUUGCUUAUUUGACUAUAAGAGACAGAAUGCCAACCAUUUUGACUAAAGCUAUAGACACAAUACAUCGUAACAAAAACAAGUUUUUUGAGGAAUAUGGAGAGGAGGGGAUCAAUGCGGAGAAACAAGCAAUAUCUCUACUGUCUAAGCUGAGGAAUGAGGUACAAACCGAUAAGCCACUACUGGAAUUGAUGGACGGCUUGUCAGACACAGAGUCCUGGAACCAGUACAUGCAGAGACAGCAGAGCCAGCUGGGUGACCAGGAGCUUGUUAGCUGGUUCAAGUCACCCUGGUUGUAUGUGGAGUGCUACAUGUACAGGAGGAUACAAGAGGCAAUCUGGCUUAAUCCUCCAAUAAACAACUUUGACGUCUUUAACGAGGGAAAGACCCAAAGUUUUUUUGAGUCUCAGCAGGCUGUGAUGGCUUUGUGUACUUACCUGGGAGACAUUCAGAAGAGCAUGGAGAAGCUGUCAGAGAACCAGAUGUCUGAAUAUUUCAACAAACUGCUCCAGGUUUCUCUUUGGGGGAACAAAUGUGAUCUUUCCAUCUCUGCUGGUCAAGAGAACUCCCAGAAGGCUAGUCCAAUAGAUUCCCUCAACAGCUUACAGUCUUUCAUCUUGGUGAAUGAUUCCAACAUGGUGUGGUUGACUCUUAAUUCGUCAAGAAGGCUGCAGGGGUCAAGGAAAAAAACUGCAGACAGAGUUGACAUUGUGCUUGACAAUGCUGGCUUUGAGCUGGUCACUGACUUAGUCUUAGCAGAUUUUCUGGUGUCUUCAGGCCUCGCGCGUCACAUUCAUUUUCACGGCAAAUGCUUCCCGUGGUUUGUCUCUGAUGUCACGGCUAACGACUUUCAGUGGACCAUCCGCCAGACUAUGGCAGCCAAUCAUAAGUGGAUGAGUAAGAGUGGCUACCAGUGGCAGAGCUAUCUCAGUGAGGGUAUUUGGAGCUAUCACGACCAUCCUUUCUGGACUCAGCCCCACGAGUUCUGCGACAUGGCAGCUGAUGCACCCGACCUGUACGCAACCCUGCAGGAAGCAGACCUGGUGCUGUUUAAAGGCGAUCUCAACUACAGGAAGCUGACUGGGGACAGGGACUGGGGCCACACGGUGGAUUUCUGUACUGCACUGAGAGGUUUUGAGCCUGCACCACUAUGCAGUUUGAGAACCCUCAAAGCCAAUGUGCAGGUCGGUCUGCAGCCGGGACAAGGGGAGAAGCUGAGCACCCAAGACCCAUCAUGGAUGACCAAUGGGAAGUACGCUGUUAUUCAAUUCCAUGGCCCCAAGUUGGAGUAGUAAGCCUGACCUCAGGAUUAGCCUGGGAGGACUGGACUUUAUCAGAUUUUACUGUAAGAGAGCAUCAAAAUUAGGUGCUGCCAUUAAGCCAUAACAAAACAAAGUUAUCAAAGUUUCUUUUUAAGAACUUCAAACUUAUUCACAGAAUGCACAAAAACAGACUGAAUAUAUAUCAAUGCCAUCUAAUAUUUAAAAUGUCAUAAUUUUUAAGCAAAUUACUUAUAAGUUGAACUACAUCUGCCAAUGGUUGUACAUUUGUCUACAUUGCUAAUAUCUCACGUUUGGUUUACAUUGCAGAUAACUUGUGUAUCAAACACUUCGAAUUAAGUCAGAAUGUUUACAGUUUAUGCAGAAUAGAAUAGAAAAGCUAAAAUUAUAUUUUGGGUUUGUUAAAUCUAACCUAAAGCUGCAACAUUGGUGGUAUUAAAAUGGUUAUUUGUGAUUUUUCUUUUUAAUUCAUCACAAAUUGCAAAACAAGAAAAUCAUUUAACUGAUCUAGCACUGUGGAAGGUCAGUUUCUUCAGUUGAAUAAAUGUUGAUGGUAAUAAAAGUGGGUAAAUAUGGUGAUGUAGGAGUGAUAUGACUUUAAUGUGCUGCUUCUGUUUUGGAGGAAAAAACGAAACCUCUUUACUAAUUAAAUGGGUUCCUGGAACAAAGUGAUUAUUUUCAGGUCUUAUUUAAUAAAUUAAUGCAACAGAUAUUUUCUCUGUGUUCCUUUACUGAGAACAUAAAUGAAACGUUGAGAUCAUUAAAACUUUUUUCCCCAGAUGUUAAAAUGUUGACUGGAAUAAUGGUGAAUAAAACCAGCAAAAUUUAAUUAGAAUCCUAAUAAGUCUAUGAUUUUUCACUAACUUCUUUCUUUUUAUGUCAUUCAAAUGUAUUGGGCCAUCAAAUAUAACCCGAGUAAUUACAAAUGGCAUUUUUGAAAUUACUUUAUUUAUUAAAGAAAAAAUAAACUCAACAGUCUGGCCCCUUGUGAAAAAGUAAUUACCACCUUAACCUUAUAAAUAUUUGCAAUAACUGGUCAUGAAACUCUUACAAGAGGAAUUUUGGUCCAAUGUUGGUAUUUUUUUCCCAGCAUAAUUGGCAUGUUACACGCUACAGCAUCUCAAUUGAAUUGAGAUUCAGACUUUUACUAGACCACUCCAAAUCCUUGGAGUCAUUGUCAUGCUGGAUAACUGAAGUGAGCUUAAGCUUACAAAUGGAUAAGACAUUCCCAAUCAAGGCUUUCUGGUAGAGAGCAGAAUUAAUCUAUGAAUUACGACAGCCUUUCCAACUUCUGAACAACAAGUCAACUGCAGGCCAUCAAACUUGUACUGCAGUGUUUGAACAGCAUGUUCUCUUUGGAAAUGCUGAUAAUUUUAACCCUGAUACAACAGAACACUUGAAGAAAGUUCGGCUUUUCCUUCCAGUUUACAGAAUAUUUUUGCCAAAUGUCUUUGAGGUCAUGAAGAUGGGUUUUUUUUUUUUAGCUAAUGUGCUGAUGUUGAUAUAGCUUAUUUUGUGACCUCCUGAAUGAUUUGUCAAUGUACUCCUGGAGUAAUUUUAGUAAGUCCUGAAACAUUUUAAGUCAUCACCUGUUCUACUGGUCUGACAUUUGGGUGUGAACAAAAUGAGCUUAAUUUUUUCCCCAAUAUGUUGUGAUCCUUAUUGCAAUAAAGAUAUGUGAUCAGGA